AGGCAUCAACUAACUUCCUGUCCAAACAAUUUUCACUUUACCGUCUUUACAUUUUAUUUUCAAAAGACUGUCUCUUUAUCGUUAACCUCUGAGCCAUGGCAGCCGGAGUCUUAAACAUCUCUCAGUCAUCUCUUUUCCGUUCAAUUCCCGGUAAUAAUCAAACCCCACCCUCAAGAAGAAGACCAAUUAUGCUUAAUCCCAUUACUGUCCGAGCUACUUCAGAGACUUCAACAGCUGCUACUGGUAAUAAAGAAGACAGUAAUAAUAAAGUUGAAGCUCCUAUUUUUAGUGCUCCACCAAAUUUCAAGGCGCCAAAGCCUCAGCGUUUUGCUGUGAAACCUGAGAAGAUUUUUGAUAUUCUUGGUGCUGCUCUUGCCUUGCCUUUUCGGUUAGGCACUGGUGUUUUUGUUUCUGGGUACUCUGCAUCUUUUGUUUCCAAGGAUGAGAUUCCACCAGACCAAUAUGCUCUUGAAUUCGCUGGUUUUACAGUGAAAGAGACCUCAAAUCUCGGCCCUCGCCCAGAGAAACCUAUAGAGAUAUAUGAGUUUGAAGGCUGUCCAUUUUGUCGCAAGGUUAGGGAAAUUGUUACUGUUUUGGAUAUCGAUGUUCUGUAUUAUCCUUGCCCCCAGAAAGGUCCCACUUUCCGUCCCAAGGCUAUUCAGAUGGGCGGUAAAAGGCAAUUCCCAUACAUGGUAGAUCCAAAUACUGGAACGGCUAUGUAUGAAUCAGAUGCCAUCAUUAAGUAUCUGGUUGAUAAAUAUGGUGAUGGAAAAGUCCCUCUCAUGUUGUCACUUGGUCUUUUCACGACAUUGACUGCAGGGUUUGCUAUGAUUGGUAGAGCAGGAAAGGGAUCAUCUUAUACUCCUGCAAAACUGCCACCAAAACCACUAGAAAUAUGGUCAUAUGAGGGUUCUCCAUUCUGCAAAAUUGUUCGUGAAACACUUGUCGAGUUAGAAUUGCCACAUAUUCAGCGCAGUUGUGCGCGUGGCAGCCCUAAAAGGAAUAUACUCUAUCAGAAAGCCAAACAUUUUCAGGUACCAUACUUAGAAGAUCCAAAUACAGGGGUGCAAAUGUUUGAAAGUGCAGACAUCAUUGACUACUUAAGAGCAACUUAUGCACUUCAAUAAGAAAAGCUUUUGAGGAACUUUUUUCUGUUCAUAUGAUUUCACAAAACUACUUAUUAGACACGUCUUUAAAGUUGUAAAUCCUUAUAUUUUGUUAGUAAAAGGUUUCACUGUAGUAUUUGCUAAGUAAAUUGAGCAAUAAGGCUGUUGUUUAUGUUUUUCAGCUGUAAAUUUAGGAUACUUACACCGUGCUUCAGGACUGAUGCGCCCAUUACGUACUUUGUUGUUUAAUUUGUGUAAUGGAAAAGAUAAAUAUAGUGCAGCUGUUGUUUCCAUCAA